UACAACGCGCACAGGAGGUCACAACUUUUAAAACUGUUGCACUGGAAAUUUUACUUUCUCGACCUUUGUCCUGUUAGCGCAAAGCAACCUGUGUGAGUGCCCACGUCUUGAGCCGCAAAAUGCAGAGACUGCAACUUUUAAAGGAAUCGUUCUUUGGGCUGGAUGUAGUGCAACAGCAGCUUCUUAUAGGUUGUGCUGUAGCCGCAGGUGGAGUGCUGGCAUAUGCAAUGCAGAGAAGGAGCAAAGUGAAAACUAUCCCUGUUGGUGAGGGAUGGUGGGGAGCAGGAGAGAAGCCACCCUCAGAGGAUGAAAACAUAUACCCCUUUACAGUGCAAACAUCAGACAAGGAGAUUGAGGACCUCCAUGAGCGCAUUGACAGAACCCGGUUCACAGACCCUUUGGAAGACAGUGGCUUCCAGUAUGGCUUUAAUUCCGCUUAUCUUAAGAAGGUGGUUUCUUAUUGGAGGAAUACGUUUGACUGGAAAAAGCAAGUGGCAAUGCUUAACAAGUUUCCACACUUCAAAACCAAAAUAGAAGGACUGGACGUGCACUUCAUUCAUGUGCGCCCGCCACACAGAGGGGACCAGAGGCUUCUGCCUCUUAUGCUUGUUCAUGGCUGGCCUGGCUCUUUCUAUGAGUUCUACAAGAUUCUUCCGCUUCUUACACAGAACCACGAUGGAAUUUCGUUUGAGGUCGUAAUCCCCUCCAUACCCGGCUACGGCUUCUCAGAAGCCCCUCACAAGAAAGGAUUUAACAGUCUGGCUGCCGCUCGGAUUUUCAUAACACUCAUGGAGCGCCUGGGCUUCUCCCAGUUCUACCUGCAAGGAGGAGACUGGGGCUCGCUCAUCACCACUAAUAUGGCUCAGAUGAGGCCUGACUGUGUGAAAGGUCUCCACCUGAACAUGUGCAUGUCGACAGGGGGGGUCAAAGUUUUACUGUCCAUAAUGAUCGGGCCUUAUCUACCCUACCUGGUGGGCUUCAGCCGGGAAGAUGUUCGCAGGUUGUUCCCUUUCUUUCAGAAGAAUGUGUGGGAAAUGCUGAGGGAAUCCGGCUAUCUUCACAUUCAGGCAACCAAGCCUGACACAGCCGGACGUGCACUGAAUGACUCGCCUGUAGGCUUGGCGGCCUACAUUCUGGAAAAGUUCUCCACCUGGACCCACAUGAAGAACCGAGAUCUGGAGGAUGGUGGACUGGAGAGAAAAUUCAGCCUGGAUGAUCUUUUGACGAAUGUCAUGAUCUACUGGACCACAGGCUCCAUCAUCUCCUCCAUGCGGUUUUACAAAGAGAACUUUAGCAGCAAUCCUAAUACCAGAAUUGUUGCUAGGACGAGGACAUUUGUGCCCACUGGACUGGCUGCUUUCCCCCAGGAGCUCAUGCACUGCCCCAAAUCCUGGGCACAGAUUAGAUACCGGAACAUCGUCUCCUACACCUUCAUGGCCCAGGGCGGCCACUUCCCGGCCUUGGAAGAGCCCCAGCUGCUGGCCGGGGACAUCGUCCAGUUUGCCAAAAAAGUAGAAAAGCUCUGAAUAGCUGAAUGCAUUCUGACUACAACAGUUAUUGUAUGUUUUUUAUUAUAAUUGACGAAUCAGAGUCCACAAAUAAAGAUCAACACUGAUUCUUUCAGUACAUCUUUUUGCCUGUUAUAAUCUUUAAAAUGUUAAUGUUUAAGCACAUAUAAACAUGUAGACAGAUGAUGCUGGCACAUUCAUAUUUUUCCCAGAAUAAAAAGAAAGCCAUGUAAUUCAUUAAACCUUUCAAGUUAUGCUCAGUAAAAGUAUAUUGCACUAAUGA